AUGCUAAUACUGGUGGUGGGUUAUGAAGCUGGAGGAAUUGCUAUAAAUUGGGGAUAUAAUGGAAAUGAUGGGACACUGGCUGAUACCUGUGCCACAGGUAACUACAAUUUCAUGAUCCUGGCAUUUCUUGCGUUGUUUGGUAAUGGCCAGAAAUUGACGAUCAAUCUAGCUGGACAUUGUGAUCCAUACAGCAACGCGUGUGUUGGAUUGAGUUCCGACAUAAAAUCGUGUCAAGCCGAAGGAAUCAAAGUGACACUUUCAAUAGGAGGAUGGGGGAGCACCAGAAGUAAGGUGUACUCAACUACUGCCCCUCAGGGCCCGUUUCCUGAUGCUGGGGUUGGAGGGUGCAUUGAAAACAGACCUUUUCGACUACAUUUGGGUUCAAUUGUACAACCACCCUCCUUGCCAGUACUCGUCACUCGUCGGGAGAUGAUUCCAAUCUGGCAACCCCAGAUGCUGCUAGAGUGGCUUCCAAAGGUUGCUGAUCUGACUUCGACUGUUCUUCCAGCUAUUAAGGGUUCGAAAAAGUAUGAAGGUGUUAUGCUGUGGUCCAAGUAG